AUGGAAGGCACGCCGGCUCUCCAUGGAUACUACAUGCCUGCAGAGUGGGAACCCCAUUCACAGUGUUGGAUUGGAUGGCCUGAACGCCCAGAUAACUGGAGAGACAAUGCAGUGCCUGCUCAACAGGUGUUUGCCAAGGUCGCAUCUGCAAUCUCAAAGUUUGAGCCUGUGACUGUCUGCGCAAGUGCCGCUCAGUGGGCUAAUGCACGAAGUCAGCUACCAGAAAAUAUCAGGGUUAUCGAGAUGAGCUUGAAUGAUUCUUGGUUCCGUGAUACAGGGCCAACAUUUGUCAUAGGAAUAAGUGCAUCCUCUUCUUCUACCCCAGAGCCAAAGGUUGCUGGUAUUGAUUGGAACUUUAACAGUUGGGGAGGCAUUGAUGAUGGUUGUUACCGAGACUGGAGUCAUGACCUUCUUGUGGCACGGAAGAUCCUGGCAGUUGAGAAGCUUCCAAGGUUUCCACACUCAAUGAUUCUCGAAGGUGGAAGCAUCCAUGUAGAUGGAGAAGGGACUUGCCUCACCACCGAGGAGUGCCUCUUAAAUAAAAACAGGAACCCAGAUUUGACCAAGGAGCAAAUAGAGGAUCAACUUAAGGCAUACCUUGGAGUGAGGAAAGUUAUUUGGUUGCCUCGUGGAUUGUAUGGAGACGAUGACACUAAUGGUCACAUCGACAAUAUGUGCUGUUUUGUGAAGCCUGGUGUGGUUUUGUUGUCCUGGACUGAUGAUGAAAAGGAUCCUCAGUAUGAAAGAGCUGUGGAAGCCUUUUCUGUUCUCUCUAAUACUACUGAUGCCAAUGGUAGGAAAUUAGAAAUAAUUAAACUUCAUGUACCUGGGCCACUGCACAUGACAGAUGAAGAGGCUACUGGAAUUUUUCAGGAGGACUGUGAAGCUAAACCGAGACUUCCAGGCACAAGACUUGCUGCUUCAUAUGUAAAUUUCUACAUUGCCAAUGGAGCAAUCAUUGCACCCCAAUUUGGGGACCAGAAAUGGGAUGAUGAGGCUGUUCGUGUCCUAUCUCAAGCCUUUCCAAACCAUGAAGUGGUAAGAAUUGAAGGUGCAAGGGAGAUUGUUCUAGCGGGUGGAAAUAUACAUUGCAUCACUCAGCAACAACCACGCAUUCCACACAGUAUCGUCAACCACGAUUGA